UGUCAAAACAAGAAACGAAUAUAAUUAAUUUAGAUGUAUACUGAUAAGAUAUCCCAAAUAAGUAGCCAGCUUGGAGGAAAUUCUACUAUCUGUUCCGUUUCCCCGAGUUCACAAAUCUGUGGCCAAUGAUGCUAUAAUAAUGACUUGUACAUCAUUUAUUGAAACUUUCAGCUUGAAGCUGCUUCAACUUGUAACACAUUUUUCAUGCAGCCAAUCGGACGGCAAAUACAUAUCACCCCGCAACGGACGACCUGAGUUGUUCAACUCCUCAUCAUGGAAGUCCGGCAUCAAAGAUCGAGGCGCUUACAAACCCUACAUGUACAGUGACGAUGCCACACCUACCACCAUCACUAAACAACCUUCAUCAGCCGCUCUAGAUCCCAACGUUUCUCUGCAUCCAAAGUCGCUUUCUUCUUCUCCCACCUCUUGCAGUCUUGCUACUUGCAAGUCAAGUCCCACAAAAUUUGAGAACGAGAAAGGAAAGGAAAAAAGAGAAGAGGAGGUUGACAAGCCAUUGGCACAGUCAUCAGCCAGACAGCUUGGUGUACAAGACCAGAUUAAGCUUUUUGAGAGCAAACAGAAGCAGAUUGGCUCCCCUGCUGAUAACAAGACCAAGGUUUGUAGGCAGUCAUUCGACAUUAAAUAUUCACAUUCAGCUGUACCAUCAGAAGUCCUGAGAAGAUGCAGUGGCGCCGGUGACAUAAGUACUGAUUCAAACUGUGUCAUGAUCGAUAUAUCUAUGUCUAUUGGCAUAGCCGUCCAGAAAAAUCAAAAUGAUACUCGUACUUGUGAUAGUGAAGAAGUUCGGUUGACAACAAAGGUGCGGGCUAACUCAGGAAUUGGAGAAGUUGUGCUAAAAGACUCAUCAGGUUUUAAAAAGGGAUUAGGUGAUUUUAGUCUCAAAAGAAUGGAGAUCAAAGAGCAAUCUAAGGGAAAUCAAGAACUUAAUCACAACCUUAAAAUGAAAGCAGAUGAACUCGAGAAGCUUUUUCGAGAGCAUAAGCUUCGUAUUCAUGAACACCAGGCAACACGUUUACCAUGUAGAAUGCUGGCUGCAAAUCCCAUGCCAACCCUCCUGGUUUCCAAGCAGGAUAUGGUUUAUGGAACACCGCUUUUGGGUACAAUGGUAGAUGACGAGGAUCAUAGGAAUGGACUUUCUAAUAAUACAAGAGGAAAGUUGUUCGAUAGUUACAUAAAGAAAAGAGAUUCAAGACUAAUGGAAUUAUGGGACUCUAAUAGAGCAGAGAAGCUAGGAAGCUAUCCUGAAAUCCAUGCUUGUAGUCUAGCCCAACUUUCAUUGCUUGCAGAUAAACAGGAUUCUGUAUCUGUUACCUAUCACCGUGCAGAGAGACUUAGAUUACUUACGAAGAAUGAGCAGUUUAAAUAUGAUGAGGAUACAUCUGUAUUUUCACGGAUAGUGCCUUUUGAUAAUGGUGUCUCUGGGAUUGCUCGAGGUGAGAAGCCAUUACUAAUCAAGAAUUUGUCUAUAUCAACUCCUUGGACCACGACAGCUGCACCAAUACCAAAAUCAUCCACCAAAUUAGUCCCUGGUGGUUGUAAACAGACGGUCAACCUUGAAAGUGUUCUUGCAACACGCUUUGUCCCCAACUUCUCUGACUCGAGAAAAGAAAAUAUGAAGUCUUAUUCUACAGCCAUGAAAGCAGCUCCAUGGUGUCAUAACCCACCAAGCUCAAGACGUCGUUCAGCAAGGUUAUACUGAUAUUGCGAAAAGGAUCUACAUGGGUUGAGAUUGAAGAAAGUUCUGCAUACCCUUGAAGAGGUCCAUCAGUGAAAAGAGAUUUCCUUUGUAAAUUUCUAAAACUAGCCAUAGGUUAAAGAGGAUGCCUCAUUUUGCCAAACCAUCCCAUAGUGUUUAUGGUUUUCCUUUUCACUGUAGAAUUCUUUUAUCUUAAAACAAUUCCAUUUCCCAUUAAUUUAUUGUAAUCAUACUUUCCUAA